AUGAAUGAUGAUAUUGAAACUAGCCUCCAUGGCGCCAUCAAAAACGGCAAAAUUCAUGGUGCUGUCAUUUGUGCAAUCAACUCUGACGGGUCUUUUGUCUUCAACGAAUCAUUUGGCACGCGUACUCUUUUGUCGGGCGAGACGCAACCACAAAAACUCGAUGAUGUGCUUUUUUUGGCGUCAGCAACCAAGUUACUUGCCACCAUCUCAGCACUUCAAUGCGUUGAUGACGGGCUCUUGUCUCUUGACCAGGAUCUUUCAUCUGCUGCGCCUGACUUGGCUGUUAAGCAGGUCCUGAAUGGCUUCACUGAAGAUGGGGAAAGGCCAUUGCUUGAAUCUGCCUGCCGGCCGAUUACCAUGAAAAUGCUUCUCACUCAUAGCUCGGGCCUGGCUUAUCAUUUCUUGAGUCCACUCAUCGCCCGGUGGCGGGGACAAUUCGCUGGUUCCGAAACCGACCGUCGAACGGUUGAGGAACUGUUCUGUUAUCCACUCAUUUUUCAGCCUGGUGAUGGGUGGAUGUAUGGCCCUGGGCUGGAUUGGGCUGGUCGUAUAGUAGAGCGAGUGACGGGUUGUACAUUGGGAGAACGCAUGCAGAAAAGGAUUUUCGACCCACUGGGAAUCACUGACGGUCAAUUUUACCCGGUUACACGGGAAAAUCUACGCGCCCGCUUGAUUGAUUUGAACCCCAGUGAUCCCGAUGCCCUUGGUCGUGCUGUGCUCGGUGGUGGUGGUGACAUGAAUAAGCGUACGAUCGGAGAUUUUGGCGGACAUGGCUAUUUCCUGCCGGGCACCGACUUCGUGAAGGUUUUGCAAUCAUUGCUGGCCAAUGAUGGGAAGCUUCUCAAAACUGUUACUGUAGAGAGCAUGUUUCAGAACCAUCUCAGUUCUCCAGCAAUGGCCAGUCACAAAAUCGCUUUAGACAGCCCAGCAGGGCCCUUUUUUCGCGUGGGGACCGACCCCGGAAUGAAAGUUGGCCAUGGCCUAGGUGGUUUGCUGACUCUUGAGGAUGUUGAUGGCUGGUACGGUAAGCACACACUCACUUGGGGUGGCGGUCUGACACUCUCGUGGUUCAUUGAUCGCCAAAACGAUCUUUGUGGGAUAUGUGCUAUUCAGGCUGCGCUGCCGGUUGAUGGUGAAACACUAGCCUCUCUAAAACAAACCUUUCGUCGUGACAUAUACCGGAAGCACAUCGCAUGGAAGAGUCAAAACCCUUCACCAUCUGGCUCCUCAGAAUGA